CUUCUAACCUUCGCAUCCUCGACUCCGCGUCUCCUCGCUCCUCCUUCCUCCCGCCCUUUUUUUCUUUUCUUUUCUUUUCUUCUUCUUUUCUUUCGCUUGCGUGCAGAUCUAUUGUGCGGCCGGGUCGUAUAAGCCAGCUCUCACCGCCCCAGUGCCUUUUAUUGCCGUCCCCUCCGUCUGUCUGCUGUGCAAACACAUCCCCCGCCUACCAUUCAAACCGACGUUCCUCUCGCCAUGGACUCCACUUUGCUCGAGCACCCCCGCAGCCCCAACUUCAUUGACGGCCCCUUCGCCUACGACUCCCUCAACCUCGAACCCUACCUCCAAUAUCCUCAGUCCCCAUACGGCGUCUCCACCAUGGCAUUGCCGGGUCCAUCUUCCUCCUCCCCUCGUCUCGACUUUGACUCGCUGAACUUGGCUAACACCAUCGGAGAGUACUCCUACUCGUCUGCUGCCUACACCACCGCCUCUCCGGGCCGGUCAUACACGCCUGCGGACAACAGCGGCAUCUCGCCCCCUGCUGUCUACAAUAUGAGUGCUGCUGAAUUGUCCUCGGAUAGCCUCACCUCAGGCAGGCGCAGCCGUGGCAGUGGAACUCACUCCCCCGCCUCAGUUCACAGCGUGCCCUACGCAGCCGUUCCCCGCUCCCAUCGCUUCAACCCCCUCGCCGCUCCUGCCACUCGCUCGGCAGCCAAGUCUGCUCGCAGAAAAUCUCGCAAUGAGGACUCUGACGACGAAGACGAGGACUUCCAGCCCGCCACCAACAACUCUGGUUCCACCGAUGCCCGCCGCGAAACCAUUCGCAAGCAACGCAUCGAGUCGGAGCAGAGGCGUCGCGAUGAACUCCGGGACGGUUACCGCAGACUCAAGGAUGCCCUUCCGGUCUCGAAUCAGAAGUCAAGCAAGGUGUCCCUCCUUGACCGCGCUACCACUCAUGUCAAAUAUCUCGAGAUGACUGCCCAGCAACUCCAGGCAAGACUCCAGCAAGCAGAGAACGAAGUACAGCGGCUUCGUACUGUCAACGAAGCGCUGAUGCUCGGCACAGCUGAGCAGAGACACGCAGCUGCUGCUGCUGCUGCUGCCGCCGCCGUGUCGCAACAAUCACAGUCAAAUUUCUGAUUGUUCGCUUGACAUUGGCCAUUGCUGGAAGAAAAUCUGGAGACUGCCCUCCUCGCCGUCGGUUUACUUAUUCUUCAUGCACUAUAUUAUUGCACACGGAUGACAGCAUUGUACACUGGAAUACCUGCCUGGAAGCGGGUCGCAUUUUAUCACAAUGGACUUUCUGCAUCGCAUUUUUUUUUAAAUUUCCUUGCAUUUUUUUUUACGAUCGCAGCAGCCCCGGUGUUCCUCAGCUGUCCGCGACACGCGCCA